CUAACAUUUGUGAAUAUGUGGUUGCUGGAAGAGAUAGCACUUCAGAGUGUUUAGCACAUAAUAUUGAAAGAGGCUAGAAAAUAACAGAUCUGUAAAGAUAACUCUGGAUUACUUAACAGAAGUAAUUUUAGUAAAUGGGAUUUACCCAAUAUAUUUCUCUAAACAGAAAUCUUAGCAUAUGGGUAUUUCCAUCCAAACCAGAGAAGUUGGACUACUUCCUCUCUUUUAGCAGAAUCAGACUGAAAGAUCUCCGAACUGUAUUCCUGCUUUACUACUAAUUUUGUUUCCCUCCCUUCCACCAGUUUUUCCCUGUGUGGAGGAGAAUAGACAUUUCCUUGCAAGUGAACCUCUGCAAGGACUUCUUUUUCUUGAAAAAAAUUCCAUGUUGUCUUUUUCAGAUGGAUGACUGGCUAAGAGAGGACAUACAAUACAAAAUCCCUAGCAGAAGCUGAAAAUGGAUGACUUCUACUGAUGCUUUUUGAUAGCUUCAUCUCCUCUUUUCCUGUUUGAGAUGGGUGAUAUGAUCAUCAGGAAAAAGUUCUAAAAUAAGCCUGAGUGGCAUCUUUAUCCCUCGACUCCUCUUUCCACAAAUCUACAAAUCACCAGAAGAAAUGACCAGUCAACUACCAGAGGAGUCUGUGGAAACCCAGAGCUCAGAUGAGCUUGAGUGCAAGAUCUGCUACAACCGCUACAACCUGCGACAGAGAAAACCAAAAGUGCUGGAGUGUUGUCACAGAGUGUGUGCCAAAUGCCUUUGCAAGAUCAUAGACUUUGGUGAUUCUCCUCAAGGAGUCAUAGUGUGCCCGUUUUGCAGGUUUGAAACGUGCCUGCCAGACGAUGAGGUUAGUAGUCUUCCUGAUGACAAUAACAUCCUUCUGAAUUUAGCUUGCGGGGGAAAGGGAAAGAAGUGCCUACCAGACAACCCAACAGAACUGUUGCUGACUCCCAAAAGGUUGGCAUCUCUGGUCAGCCCUUCUCACACUUCUUCUAAUUGCCUGGUUAUAACAAUCAUGGAAGUACAAAGAGAAAGUCCCCAGACUCUGAACUCAACACCUGUGGUGGAAUUUUACAGGCCUACAAGUUUUGACUCUGUUGCAACCGUGUCCCACAACUGGACAGUGUGGAACUGCACAUCUUUGCUCUUCCAGACCUCAAUUCGGGUGCUAGUUUGGUUGCUAGGUUUGCUGUACUUUAGUUCCUUGCCUUUAGGGAUUUACUUACUGGUAUCUAAGAAAGUCACCCUUGGGGUUGUCUUUGUAAGCCUUGUUCCUUCAAGCCUUGUUAUUCUCAUGGUUUAUGGCUUUUGCCAGUGUGUUUGCCAUGAAUUUCUAGACUGCAUGUCUUCUUGAUAACAAAUACAGUGAAAUAAGAUGCAUUGCCACGUGUAGCAUAGUUGAUUUAGCCUGUCUCUGUAUUCUUAUUUAUUCGUAUUGUUGUCCAUCCCACUAAAUGGAAGCAGUGACCCUUUUUACACGGUCCUUUUUUAUUUGAUUAUUUAUUGUUUUUUGUUUGUUUUAUGUUUUAGCUAAGUGUUGGGCAUAAAAUUUACAUGCUGAUUUUAAUGGGCUGGGUUGUAGAAAGGCAUAAAGGAAAUUUGGUGCCUGCUGCUGCUGCCACUAUUCGGAUGAGUAGCUCUUUGCUUUGUAUUGGCUUGAUCAUGUAAGUUAAGGCUGUAGGAUCUGCCCUAGAAGAAAUUAGUACAACAGGCACCUUCCAGUUCAGAGUACAGCAUCUCUUAAUGCAAAGCAUCUCAUGCUCUGGAAUAUCUGUCAUUUCUGGUAGCAAAUGAAGUCACUUUGUUAGUUAAUACUAGAAGAAGAAGAACUUAUCAUUUCUUUCUCCAGUUCUUGUUAUAGCAAAAAUAUUUGUGGGAUGCCCAGUGGUCAAAGAUUUUUUGUGUUCUGAGACAUGAGGAACCUUUUUUCCCCCCCAUGCUAAAAAUGUGUCUCCAAAACACUUUCCCAAACAGAAGCCCACUUUACUUGUCCUGUAGUUGCAGCUUCAUCUGAGAAACUCCUGUUAAAGAGUACUUUUAGGGACCCAGCCACACAUUUGCUCUCUUCUAGGGAUGCUUUUUAAGUGUGCAUACACCUUAGUUUUUCUUUGAGGGUUCAGAGAUCUGCAGACUUCUCCAUCUGCGUUCCAUAAUGAUUACCCUCCCUCCCAGCAUUUCCACCACCACAUGACAUUUCCAACCCUUUAGUCCUUGUGAUAGAUUGUCUGACCAAUUUCAUGCGCAACUACUUUUGGGUAGUUAAUGUGGAAAAUUUCCCUUAUGUGACUUCAGCUGUCACGAUAGAUCUUUAUUCCUCAUCAUUAGGAAAUGAACCUACAAUGACUAAUACACAUUUCAGAAAAAAUCUGAAAUGGUUAACGUGGCUUUUUUAUUUGUUUUUGUUGUUUUGUUUGCUUUCUGAGCUCACAGAAUAGGCACUGUAAGGAGGUACUGUGACUUUGGGGAGGAUUCUGUUUAGUGCGUUGUCCAUAAUGUUAAAUACCCUGAACUCCCUCUGUCACCCUUGUGAGCUGACAGCACCCUAGGUAUGGCAGUUAGCCUGACUGGACUAGUUGAGUUCAGAAGAACUACUGAUGAUUUACCAUUCCACAAAUACAAUCAGGCCCUGUAAGGUUUGCUUUUAUGUUGCAUGGUUUAGGCUACUUUUUCCAACUACUGGAAGAGCGUAAAAAUAAGAAAUGUUUAAUGCUUGUGUGUAUAACUAGGUCUAGUCAACACCACAGCUGCAACCUCAUUUUUCUGAGCACAGCAGGGUGAAAACUGAGAAGAAGCAGUUGAUCAGUGUAAGCACAGCUUUUGGAUCAGGUGCAAGAUUUAGUAAUCUCAAGGCAGUGUAAGAGGGAGACGGGUUGGCUGCGUGAAGACUGAAUGUAUGGCCUAACAAUAUAUUCUUAGAGCAAACUGACUUUGGUAAGAAUGAGAAAUGCCAACAGGAAAAGGAGAUUAUAAGUGGUUGUUGUGUCUAUCAAUGGGGUUUGAAGUCAAGUUGGUCCAAUUUUUGUAGAUGGUACAGAUGGUGUCUACGGUUUAAUUCCUAUUGAAAUCAUGGGGAAAAUGUGAAAAUGUGAAGGUCCUGCUUUUCUUGACGCUCGAGUUUAUAAUAGUGCAUAUAUAUGUGUGUGUAUGUAUAUAUAGACACAUAUGUAAGAAGAAAAUAUAUAGCAAAAUAAUAGUUUUCAAGUGUGUGGAGUUACAGAGCUGUGUACUGAAUGGUGGAAGGAAAUGUUUCAGACUUUUCUGUAAUCACUUGAUAACAAUUAGAACUAAAAUACUUUCAGAAUUCCUAGAAAUGACUAUUCCGAAGUAAUUGUUUUUAAUGUUUGUUGUAAAGCACAUAUGGUUAGAAGAGCUGUCAUCUCCAAUCCAGGUAUACUGCAAGGUUUGACUCAUCUAUGAACUCAUAAAUUUUAAAUAUCCAAUAGCAAUCAUGUCACAAAAAAGCAAGAAAGAUAGAAAUCUAUGUGAUUUACUAGUACUUCAUAACUUUGGGAGAAGAUGUAUUUGUAGUGUUAGGGCUUUAUGUAUUUUAGGGUUUGUUCAAUUUGUCUGAAUAUAAUAUCUCUAAUAAAGGGCUGGCUAAUACAGGAAGUAGGUUU